AUGAGUGGAAGUCUUAUUCAAGUGUGGAGUGGAACCGAUUGGGAAACGUGUAAUUGUAACGGAAGAUCGAACCGUUGUUAUUUUGACCGCGAUUUAUGGCUCAAGACCGGACACGGAGGUCACUGCGAAGAUUGCGCCGAUUUUACUUCGGGUCCAAAUUGCGAGCGAUGUCGAGACAACUACUAUACGGCACCCGAUAAUCGCUGUUUGGCCUGUAAUUGCGAUCCAAUCGGCUCGAUAAGCUUGCAGUGUAUCGGCACCGGUCAGUGUAUUUGUAAGCCGGGAGUGGAGGGCCAGAGAUGCGAUCGCUGUGCAGCUAAUUAUCAUAAAUUCUCGCAACAGGGCUGUAGUCCGUGCAGUUGUAACCCGUCGGGCAGUUAUAACAACACGCCCUCCUGUGACCAAAGUAGCGGCGAUUGUCGGUGCAAACAGAACGUUGAGAGCAAGACCUGCGACAAGUGUAGAACCGGUCAUUUUGACCUACGGCUGGACAAUGAGUUCGGGUGUUUGCCGUGUUUUUGUUACGGCCACUCGACUCAGUGUACGAGCGCUCCGGGAUUUUCGAUGCACACCAUUGAGAGUACUUUCCAUCGCGACUCCGAGCGAUGGACAGCCAAAGACCGCUCCGGAAGGGAUAUACCGCUACAGUACGAGUCCACUCAGAAGAGCGUAGGCGUGUCCGCCCAUUCACGAGAGCCCGUAUAUGUCGUGGCGCCCGACAAAUACAACGGAGACCAAAGGGCUUCAUAUAACCAGUUCUUGAGCUUCAGUCUUCGUAUAGGACAAGAGGGUCCGCGCGCUACUGUCGAGGAUAUCAUGUUAGAGGGCACCGGCCUUCUGGUAUCGCAGCCGAUCUUCGGUCAGGGAAAUCCAUUGCCAUCGACUCGUACUCAACAAUACAAGUUCAGACUACAUGAGGACGUCCGGUACGGUUGGGCGCCGCGUCUCAGCACCAAAGACUUUAUCAGCGUUUUGUCAAACUUGACGGCCGUUAAGGUUCGGGUGACGUAUUCGCCGGCGGGUUCCGGAUCUGUGAGCGACGUCCGACUCGAGUCGGCCCAACAGUUGCCGUACAACGAAAGGGCCACUUGGAUAGAGAUGUGCACUUGUCCUGAGGGAUAUGUGGGCCAAUACUGCGAGUCCUGCGCUCCCGGCUAUAAACACGACCCGCCGGGCGGCGGAAGUUUCAGUCAAUGUAUUCCUUGCAAUUGUAAUAGUCAUGCGGAGUAUUGCGAUCCCGACACAGGUCGGUGUAUUUGCGAACAUAACACGGCUGGGGAUAACUGUGAGGUGUGUGCGGAGGGCUAUUACGGCACAGCCCUUAAGGGUACGAACAAAGACUGCGAGCCGUGUCCCUGUCCACAACAGGGCGCGUGUGUUAUCUUACCCGACGAGUCAGUCGCCUGUCUUCAAUGUCCCGAAGGCUAUGCAGGUAUCAGUACUAACAAUGGUUAUGGACAUCAGUGCGAUAUAUGCGUUGACGGAUACUCUGGUGACCCAAUGGGUCGAUUUGGAGGAAGCGGCGCCUGUUCUCAGUGUCAAUGCAAUGGCAAUAUUGAUGUGAACGCCGUCGGCAACUGUAACACCACUUCCGGCGAGUGUUUGAAAUGCAUUUACAACACCUAUGGCUACGAGUGCGAGAAGUGUUUGCCCGGCUAUUAUGGCAGCGCUUUGGCGCACCCGAAGGGCAACUGUAAAGCGUGCAGUUGUCACCCCUUUGGCACCCACUCCGAGGAGAGGACCGCCGCCACCAUCGCUCCCUAUCGGGCCAGUUAUAGCCUGAGCUACACAUCUCUGCUCAGCCAAUCGCAGUCACCGCUGCUCUGCAAUCAGGCCAACGGUCAGUGCAAUUGCAAACCCAAUGUAAUGGGCCGUCAGUGCAAUGUAUGCGUUGAGGGCUAUUGGGAUCUGUCGUCUAACGAGGGCUGCAAAUCAUGCGAUUGCGACCCAAUCGGCGCCUAUAACCGGACGUGCGAUGACCGCAGCGGUCAGUGUCACUGCAAACCGGGUGUCACUGGCAAACAGUGUCAGGAAUGCCUUCCCCUUCACUUUGGAUUCUCGGCCAAAGGCUGUACGAAAUGUGAGUGCGAUUCCAUCGGCUCGACGGGCGCCCAAUGCGACGACAGGGGUCAGUGUCCGUGUCGUCCCAACGUCGAGGGCCGUCGGUGUGAGAGGUGUCGCGAGAAUAAGUACAACAAAGAGGCCGGUUGUCUGGAUUGUCCGCCGUGUUAUACACUGGUUCAGGACGCCGUCAACGAUCAUCGCAUGAAACUCACAGAAUUGACACAAUUGUUGGAAGAGAUCGAACGCAACCCACAAGUGGUCGAAGACCUCAACUUUGAGCGACAACUGCGCGAAGUGAACGAAAAGGUCACACGACUUCUGGAGGACGCGCGUCGGGCGCAGGGCUCAGACGGCUCUCUCAUCGCUCAGUUGGAAACGCUUAAAGAGCGCAUCCGUCGCGUUCAGGAGACGUCCGGCCGUAUCGCCGAACAGAGCGAACACAUCGCCACUUCUGCCGGUUAUGGCGACCAGAAUAUAACGCUCGCCGAACAGAUCAUCGAUCGGGCGAACGAAGCCCUGUCUCAGGCCCGACGCUUCCUCGACUCCGAAGGCAUGAGUGCUUUGGAAAAAGCGCAGCAAAGGUCCGAUCGCUUCGGACAACAGUCCCAACGCAUGUCAGAGAUCGCACGCGAGGCCCGAACUCUGGCCGAUCGGCACGAGUUGGAGGCCACCAAUAUUGAGGGCACUUCUCGAGAGGCGCUCAACACUUCGGAUUUGGCUUUCCGUUUGGCCAAAGACGCGAUCGACACACAGGAGGCCAAUCGCCAGGAGCUGAAGAAGAUCACGGAUCAACUCGAAGACACCACCGAUUUGUUGCUGCGAACGGAGAAAAUGUCGGAAGAGGCCAAUAGGGGUGCGUCCAAAGCGCACGCCGACGCUCUGGCGAUGUAUACCGAUGUGAACGCCAUUUCGGUGCCGAACCUGCCGUCCGAGAGGUACAGAUUGGACGCAAUCGAUAUCAUAGAACAGGCGAAGAGACUCAUCAAAGACGCCGACGGUUUGCUCGAAAGACACGGAAAUCUAUUGAAUAACACAAAAUAUCAGUUGAAAGACGCCAGAGAUCUGCUCGAAGAGGCGAUGAGACAGCAACAGAUCACCGACGAGUUGUUGGCCAACACCGACGCCGCGCUCAAGAAGGCCAAAGCGGCCAUCGCUGGCGGCGAGAAGAUACUGGAGGACGCGAAACAGACGCUCAAGACGUUGAAAGAGUUUGACGCAACGGUUCAGGAGAGCAAAGGCCGCGCCAACGAAGCGCUUAAGAAAGUGCCACAAAUUGAAGACUUGAUUACCGACGCCGAGGGAAAGACAACAGACGCCGAACAGGCGCUGGAGGGGGCGCUCACCGACGCUAUUGAGGCCCGCGAUGUGGCCAAAGAGGCGCAGAGAAUCGCCGAGAAGUCGUCGGACGACGCGGACCGCAUUCGCGGAGAGGCCGGCCAUACGAAGACACGCGCCGGCAAAUUGAAAGGACAGGCGGAAGAGUUGGCCGCCGAAGUGGACGAGACGUCCGAUCGUAUGAAGGGAUAUGAAGAUCAGGCGAAGACCGAUGAGGGUCUCGCCAAAGACGCGUUGGGCAAAGCGAAUCAGGCAAAGACAUCGGCUCAGGAGGCGGCCAGAAAAGUGGCCGAAUCCGCGCGAACUGUGGACGGGAUAUUGGAUCAGUUGGAGGGUUUGGAUGAUAUCGACGCCACACUUCUGGAGGAAUUGGAGCGCCGUUUGGCUAAAGCGGAAGCGGAGCUGAAAGACGCGGAAUUGGACAACAAAAUGGCUGAACUGAAGAACAUUCGCGACGAUCAGAACCGAUGGAUGCGUGACUACGACGACGAGAUCGAGAAACUGCGGCGAGACGUGGCCAACAUCGCUGACAUCCGCUCCUCUCUGCCCGACGGCUGUUUCCGUAGACUUAAAUUAGAGCCUUAAGUGUCCGCUACUUAUUAUAUAGUGUUUUAGAUUUUCAUAGCAAUUAUUAAAACUAAUUAUUAGAUUAUAUAAUUGAAAAGUAAAUUUAAAAGUGCAUUAAUAUCUCUACAAACAUAAUAUGAAUGUCACAUAUAUUGGUCCAGAAUAUUAUAUUAUUCUGUAAUUCUUUGCGUUAUAUUUAGUGAUCACUUCUUAACCCAGCAUUUGUUUUAGUCUAUGUUUUAAAGUCAAUUGAUUUAUGAUUAACUUAAUUAAUACUUUCC